AUGCUGGAGGAGAUCAACAAGAACAGUGCUCUGUUGCCGAAUUAUACCCUGAGGGUGGUCUGGCAGGACGGCUUGUGUGCUAGGGACAGGGCCGUAGAUGUGUUCGUCAGGGGCUUGUACAUGCUGGAGUACUCCCACGUCUUCGCGCCCAGCGUGCCCCUAGAUGCCCUGGACACGGACGGGGACGGAACCGUCACAGCCGCUGAUGCAGAACAUUUGAGUGAAGUAUGGAAUGCCACCGAAGUGUCUUCGAGACCUGUAGGCCUUCUGGGUCCUGGCUGCUCUGGUGGUGCUAUGGCAGUCGCCAGUAUUGCGGCCAAUGCACGGAUGCCCAUGGUGUCCAACAGUGCCACAAGAGGUGAUUUGAGCGACAGAGAGAAGUACCCACAUUUUUUCAGGACCAUCUUGCCAGACACCCUUUUCGGUGGUGCCUGGGUGGCCAUGGCAAAGAGUUUGGGCCACAGUAGGAUCUCAGCGUCCUGCGGGGAGACGCUACAAUGGGGUUCAGAUGUGAGAAAGUUGGGCGAGGCUGCGGACGACCAAGGUGUAGUUCUCGAAGGUCGAGAGCUCGAUGACCUCGGUACGUGGCGUGGCUACCAGAUCAGCGACGACUUGGCCCCUGCUGCGGAAGCAGCGGCGAGUCUCCUGAAGCAAGGCGCCAGUGAUGGGUAUGUCUCCCGGUUUGUCAUUCUCCAGAUGUACCAGCCGAGGGCGAGGCUGCUCAUGUGCGCAGCCCACAAGAUCGGCUACAGGCACGUCGUUUGGAUGGUUACGGGCUGGUUCACAGCGGGCUGGUGGUAUGAGCCGACGGCAAGCGGCUGCACAGCGGAGGAGGUCCGAGGCAUGGCCGAAUUCUACAUCUCCGCGAACAUGCAGUUCUAUCGGAAUGAUAUGGAUGCCUUGCUCGAUUGCUCCACCAGCAUGACGGCGCAGGGCUUCCAGGAUGAGUGGCUGUCGCGGCAGGGUGCCACUAUGGAGGACCUCGGCAAAGUGCCCGAAGGGUACCAUCCAGCCCUCGAGGCAGCCACGACAGCCGACGCUGUCUGCAUGUUUGCCCAGAUGCUGCACAAUCUAUUGGUGGUCGAUGGCGUCCAGCUUGGCCACUUGAGGGAUCGCACCUCUCACGCAUACCUCGCCGUCUUGGACGCUUUCGCAGUGAGCAACUUUUCUGGCCUGAUCGGCCAGAUCAAGUACGCGCCAGACUCUCCAGAUCCUGAGGGUUCCAUCAAGAUCGAGCAAUUGCAGAAUAUUGGCACAUACCGGCAGGUGAUGCUAGCCACUUUUUUCAAUGGGGUCAUUACGUUGACUGGUGAUCAUAAUCAUCAAAUUUGGUUUGCCUGGCGAACCGGACGUCGAGACCCUCCCAGCGAACGUGACCCACUUCGCUAUAUGCCCGAGGGCGAGAGGGGAGUACUUGGAUUUCGAGACAAACCAGUGUGUACCCUGCUCUUCUCCCGACCGGGUGUUCGUGAGCAGCAUCGGAACCUGCGUAUGCCAGGCCGGCUUCGCGGGCUUCGCGGGCCAAUGUGCACCGUGCUCUCCUGGCAACUUCACCAGCGCAGUGGGCAGCACCGAGUGCGAGCAGUGCCCUGUCGGCAGGCAUUCGGACCAGGCAGCCCAGACCUCGUGCACUCACUGUGCCGUCGGGGCCUUCGCGGAUGCAGUCGGGGGCGCACGCUGCCUCGACUGCGGAGCUGGCGCCAGCACGAUGGCUCCUGGAGCGUCGGACCCCAGCAGCUGCUACCUCUGCGAGCCUGGCAAGUACUCUGCCGGCGCUGGACCCUGCGUGCAGUGCGGUGCUUCAACGUUCUCAUCGUCCUAUGGGAGCACGGAGUGUCAGCAGUGCCCAAUUGGAAUGGAGCUCGGGAGGAGAUGCGGAGUGUGAGUUUUCUGUACUGUACAUCCUUGCAAGCCUUUUUGCUGGCAAACUGCUGA